AUGGACGCGAUUAAGAAGAAGAUGCAGGCGAUGAAGCUGGAGAAGGACAAUGCCAUGGACAAGGCAGAUACCUGCGAACUGCAGGCCAGGGAUGCCAACCUCCGUGCUGAGAAGGUAAACGAGGAAGUCCGUGAGCUCCAGAAGAAACUUGCCCAAGUUGAGGAAGACCUUGUCCUCAACAAGAACAAGUUGGAACAGGCCAACAAAGACUUAGAAGAGAAAGAGAAGCAGUUGGCUGCUACCGAGGCGGAGGUGGCCUCACUCAACAGGAAGGUACAACAGAUUGAAGAGGACCUCGAGAAAUCCGAGGAAAGGUCUGGCACUGCCCAGCAGAAACUGCUUGAAGCUCAACAGGCUGCUGAUGAGAACAACCGUAUGUGCAAAGUAUUGGAGAACAGAGCACAACAAGAUGAAGAACGUAUGGACCAACUCACCAACCAACUGAAGGAAGCUCGUCUGCUUGCUGAAGACGCUGACGGCAAAUCUGACGAGGUAUCCCGUAAGCUGGCCUUCGUUGAAGACGAACUCGAAGUCGCUGAAGACCGUGUCAAGUCUGGUGACGCCAAAAUCUCAGAACUUGAGGAGGAAUUAAAGGUCGUAGGUAACUCCCUUAAAUCAUUGGAAGUAUCCGAAGAGAAGGCCAAUCAGCGUGUAGAAGAAUUCAAGAAGCAACUGAAGACCCUCACCAUCAAGCUGAAGGAAGCCGAGGCUCGUGCCGAGUAUGCCGAGAAGACUGUCAAGAAAUUGCAGAAGGAAGUCGAUAGGCUCGAAGACUUAUUGUUCAACGAGAAGGAGAAAUACAAGGCGAUUUGCGAUGACUUGGAUGGCACAUUCGCCGAGCUCACCGGAUAC